CGAUCGAAGUCCAAAGCAAAACGACCGACCUAAGCUGAAACAAUACAAGAGCCAAAGUAAAACCCCAAUGCCGCAACGUGCAUGCCACACCAUACACCUUUGCGCGUCCGUACGUGCAUUCCACCAACCCAAUCAAGCCACACCGAGACAGCAUUUCAAAAACCCGAGUCGUCGCCCUCAAAACCAUCACCAGGUUGAUUCCAGCCGAACCUCCUAGCUCCCAGCAUAUAUCUCUAUCUCAGGAAUCAGGAUCGACGGCAAUUAACGGCCAUGCUACGCUACAGUACGCCGCAGCACACGCCGCCGAUGUCGCCGCUGCGAGGCAACGGGCCGCUGACGCCCCGCACCCCGAUCGGCGGCGCGUUGUUCCCCGACAACCACCUGCCGCCGCCCUCGCCCCGGCCCCCCAUCACGCUCACCGCGCCCCCGUCCAGCAAGAAGAAGCGUCGCCGGGGCGCGUCCACGCGCGCCGGGUCCCUCCGCGCCAUCCGCGCCGUGCGCGCGCUCUUCCGCUCCCUCCCGAUCCUGGCGUCCCCCACGGCGUGCCGCCUGAGCUUCCCCCACCACAGCAGCCUGGGCCUCCCGCGGCCGUCGUCGAGGGCCCGGGCCUCGGCCCACCACGACGGGCACGUGAGCGGCGCGUCCCGGACCACGGGGACCCUGUUCGGGCACCGCAGGGCGCGGGUGACGCUGGCGGUGCAGGAGACCCCCGGGAGCGUGCCGAUCCUGCUGCUGGAGCUGGCGAUGCAGACGGGGCGGUUCAUGCAGGAGAUGGGCGCCGAGCACCUGCGGGUGGCGCUCGAGUGCGACAAGAAGCCGCCCGGCGCUCCCGGCGCCGGUAUCGGGCGCACGCGGCUGCUGGACGAGCCGCUCUGGACGGCGUACGUCAACGGGCGCAAGAUCGGGUACGCCGUGCGGCGGGAGCCCACGGAGGACGACCUCACCGUCAUGCAGCUGCUGCGGACCGUGUCCGUCGGCGCCGGCGUGCUGCCAAGCGACGUCAUGGGAGGAGCAGGAUGCGCCCAGGGGCAGGCAGACGCCGGCGACCUCGCCUACAUGCGCGCGCGCUUCGAUCGCGUCGUGGGGUCCCGGGAUUCUGAGUCCUUGUACAUGCUUAAUCCUGAUGGGAACAAUGGGCCAGAGCUUAGCAUCUUCUUCAUUAGGAUAUGAUCACUACCAUUUUGGUUUCUUUCUCCUUUUCUUUUCUUUUUUUGGGGGUUUGGCAUGACUGAGGCGUUGGAAUUCUGUAUGCUUUUGCUAUAGGCCAAAUGUUUUGUUCGUAUAAUUGUAUGAUAAACGCUUAAUUAGCUCAAAAGCCCAUAAUUGAAAGACUUAUUUUUAACUA